CAUCCGGGGGCAUGCAACUCGCGCCAUGGAGAGGCGCUCCUCCGUGGGCGACCGAGGCUCUGCAAAUGACCGGGCUUCAGCGGGCAUUUCGCUGGAGGUGGCCCAUGGCUUCGGGUCCCAUGGCCGCCUGCGGGAGACCGUGCUCUUCGGCGACAUCGCCGGCCAGUACUUGGCCCAUGCGGUGGGGAGGCAGUUGGCCUUCCGCAACCUCCAGGGCGGCGAGGUGACCUUUGCAAAGGAGACGGACGAGACCGAGGCGAUCACCUCGUGCGCGGCCUCGCGGGACCGGUGCUUCCUGGCGGUGUGCCGGCACCGCAACAAGAGCAAAGUCUCGGUGUACGAGUUGGGGCCGCUGGCCACCAACCAACCGGUGCAGACCUUGGAGGAGCUCCAGGGCCGCGAUGGCCACGUGGGCCCCAUCACCGCAGUGGCCUUUUCCUCCGCCGGCCGUGCCAAUGGCGCGAAGGAGGAGGCCUCCUCCAGGCUUUGCGUGGCUUCUAGCGGCCGCCAUGCCCAGAUCAUCGUCCUGAACUGGCGUCUGAAUGAGGUGAUCGGGCGAUUUAUGCUGGAUGGGCCGCUCACCAGGAUCGCCUUCAGCCGCCUGGACUCGGAGCUGAUCUCCGGGUCAGGGCCCGACUGCUUCGACCUUUGGGUGCUCAAGGAAUUCCGAGACAGCGAGGGUGGAGAGGAUGCGAAGCUGGAAGCCAAGGAGAUGCAGCGCCUGCAGCCCAUCGAGGAGCUCAAGCUCUACGCGGCUACCUUCACGGACCACUGCUGGCUGCAGCCGGCGAACGGAACUCUGGCUUUGUGCACAGAGGAGGGCGCGGUGCACAUUGUUUCCAGCGGAACCGACUCAGAGGUGGUGGAUGCUCGUGCACAAGCAGAUUUGGACCCAGUACCAUACUUUAUUUGCAUCCUCGAGUCUCCCUUUGGCGGCUCCCUCUCGGGCCUCAACGUGCUGUGUAUCGGGUCCUUCAGCAACGGCUUCCUCGUGGCAGGCGCAGGCAGCAGCCUGGCAGUCUGGAACGUCCACUUCCUGCGCUUCUCGAAUGGCGGACAUCUCUUGGCUGCAGCGCAGGCGAAGCAGAUCCUCAUCUUCAGCGCCCGCACCCUGAAGAAGCUGGCAACCCUCCGGGGCCACCCUCGAGAGGUGGCCUCCCUGGCCUUCGACCCCUUGGACAAGACCUUGGUCUCUGUAGGAGAGGAUGGGAAGAUCUGCGAGUGGAGCACUGAAAACUGGAGCGCAGUCAACGAGUACGGCGCCCACGGGGAGGCCCUGGCAGUGGCCUCCGCUGGCGAGGGCUACGUGUGGGCCGGCGCCGUGGAGCCGGACCGCUGCGCCUUCCGGAGCUUCCGGCAUGGCGCCUACGAGGAGAGCGAGGACUUUGUGCUGCAUCCGACUGAGCGCAUUACCUCCAUGGAGCUCUACAGCAGACCCAGCGAGGUCUCGCUGCUGGCGGGGGAUCGCAGCGGCAACCUCCUGGCCUUCUGCGGGCUGACAGGGGUGCUGAGGACAGCUGCAAUGGGCUUGCACGCAGACGCGAUCACCGCGGUGCGCAUCUCUGCAGACGGCCACACAGUGGCCACUGCUGGCAAGGACGGCGCUGUCUUCGUGCUGUCGGCCGACGGCUUCUCGGACACUUCGCUCAGCGCCGGGCGAGGUCCCAUGGAGGUGGUCAUGAUCAAUCGCGGAGACAUCCAGCUGCGCCAGGACGAGAUCUCGGACCUCAGUGCCCAGAUCUCCGCGUUGAAAACCCAGCUGGAGGAGAACGCAGCGCGUUUGCAGAGCGAGCUGAGAGCUCGGGUUGAGGAGGCCAGGAAGCAGGACCAGGCGACGAUCGUGUCUCUCCGCGGCAAAUACGAGAAGCUUCAGCAGGCCUCCACGGUGAAGGAACGAGACAGCCUGCGGAAGAUGAAGGUGAUGGAGGAGCUCCAUGUCAAAGCGGCCGACGAUCAGGAAAAGGCCUACGACAAGCGCAUGCGAGCGGACUCUGAUAGCUAUGAUGCUCUGCAGGCUGAGCUCAGGGACCUUGAGGCCCGCUUCGAGCAGAACCGACAGCGGGCCCAGCGGACAGUGGAGCAGCAAGAGCUGAAGCAGGAGAAGGAAGUGCAUCGGCGGCUCAACGAGAAGGACACCGAGAUUCAGAAGCUGAAAGAGCUUAUCGCCUUCACUCAGAAGCGCUUUGAUGCUAUGCUGGACCAGGAAGGUAUGGAGCAGGCGUUGGAAGUCUCCGAGAUCAAAAAGAAGAACCAGGAGGAGCUAGAGCAGCAGCACCUAGUGGAGUACAAGCUGAAGAAAGAUCAGGACAUGUUAGUGAGAGGCUUGGACAUGAUGGAGAAGGACAAGGACCGCAUCGCCAUGGAGCAGCGCGAAGCCAGUGUCAACAUCAGCAACCUGCGGUCGGAGGCCGAGCUCAUGAAGCGGGAGGUGACCUCUUUGAAGGUGGAGCGCAAGGAGCGGGAGGCCACGCUGAGAGACAAGGAGAUGGAGAUCGGCACCCACAAGGUCAAGGUGCAGACGCUGAAGAAGUUCAAGCAUGUCUUGGACUACCGGCUCCGGGAGGUCACCGACUCGCUGAAGCCCAAGGAGGAUCUCAUUGCGCAAUUGCACACGCAGCUGCAUGCGCUGGAGGAAGAGUUCGAAAAGCAGCUGGAGAUCCAGACCCAGAUGGAGGCUGUUCUGGAGACCAAGGCCCAGCAAGUUGCCUCCUUGGCAGCAGAGGUGGACAAGCAGAAGGAGGUGCUCAGACAGCGCGAGCGGGCCAUCUUCCGCUUCUGCGCAGACCUCCAUGAGCUGGCCACCGGCGGAGAGGACACGCGGAACUGGCACAUUGGAAUGAAGAAGAUCUACCGCGACCAUGUCAACCCGGAGAUCUUCCACCAGGACGAAGAGCAGACGCGGCCGGUCCAGGAGAUGGCCCGCCAGAUCCAGGUCAUGGAGAGGAAGGCGACGAUGCUGGCCCUGCGCGGGAAGAAUGGGGAGGCCACAGCCAAGGCGGACAUCAUCAGGAAGACCCAAGAAAACUCCCUGCUGAUCCAUGAGCUGGAGGAGCUUCGCACGGAGAAGAAGGCGCUCCAGGCCGAAGCGAAGGAGCUGGAGCUCCAGCUGCGACUCGGGCAAAACGUCCAGCAGGUGAAAGCGGCCCUUCCCAGUACGGAGACGCCCCCUCCAGCACUGGAGCAGCUGCCGCAGGCGGUGCGAGAGAUCUUCGAGGAGGCGCCAGAGGUCCCGAGGAAUGUCAUGAAAGGCAGCACCUUGAAGAAGGCUGAGAAGAGCACGCACCACAAGUCGCCGGAAGAGCUGCGGCAGAGGAAGAAGGCCCUGCGCCAGUCGGAGACCGCAGAGCAGCGGCUUACACGGCAGAGGAUUCGGGAGCAUUUGGUCCCAGGAGAGCUGGAGAGCAUGCACAAGCGUCGCAGCGCGGAGCAGAACAGUGUGGCCAGCGAGUCCAGCGGCUCGGUGCCCCCGAGCUGCGCCUCGGUGCCCGCGGGCCCGGCGCUCUCCGUGGUUCGCUUCGGUCGCUCCACGCCUGGCUCCUCCGUGGACUCAGUGUAGGCGCGGGCUUGGGCCAAGGAAAUCCGAGGAAAGGCUUUGGAUGGAGGCAACUGCAAAGACCUGGUUCAGGUGUCGCCUGAGCUCGCUUUAGCGAACGUAGAAGCUGUCCCAAUCAAGAGCUGGCU